AUCUAAUUCGUUAAAUGAAAUGAAGUGAUGAAAGUGUAGUUGUUAGUUCGUCGGAAGGCGUUAAGUUCAAGUUUGCGAAGAGUUGGGGGCAAAAAAUAGUUAGGAACAUUUGGGCAGGAGGUUAUUGGGCCCCCUGGCUGGAAGGAGCGAGUUCGCUCUAAGGAAAAAUAAAAUGUGAUGCACUGAAAAGAUGUGGGCAUGAAAUGUCCUUCGUUGAUGGCUGUUUUCAAAACAGACGAAAUGAAAGGAGAAGUUUUGAAGUGAUCAGAGACGAUGAGAGAGAACCAAACGUGACCAGACUUCCAGUAAGGAUUCCAGGGAAGAAUUGCUCUCCUACACGAAGGGCCUAUAUGCUUGGAGGGAAUCCCUGAUGGCUCUUUGGUGGCUGCCUCUGUGGUCAUUGGGAAAAAGCAAAAGUUAUGUAACGGGUAAAAGACCAGGGGGAGUGUGAGUUAUAUAAUUAAACAAGAACGAAAGGAAAAUCCGGAAAGUUUUUUGAACGUGAAUCAGUGAAGUGUAAGAUGUUUGUCUUCUUGCCACUCUUGGGCAAACGACCGUCCAACACGAGAUAGUAGAAAACGGCGUCUUGUCAAAGCAAACCUUCUAGUUGAGGAUAGUGGCUGUCAAGCAAGGAUAAGCCAUUGUUCGGAUGGAGCGAGAUAAGCGAGGGUUGCAUCUUGCCGCUGGUGGGGUUAUCCUGACCCUGCUGGCUUUUGUGGCGGGAUUGGUAGCGGCGCUCACCAGCAAUUGGGCCACUUUUACAGUCUACCCUCUAGGAACAGGGGCAAUGAGCGGAAAUUUUGGUCCGUGGAGCUCCUGUCAAGACGGGCACAACGUUUGCAGAAGAGUGUCGUCGAUUAUUCCGUUGACGUGGGCGUCGUCAGUGACUGGGGUGGGGUCCAUAGGAUGCGCCAUCCUUUUAGGGAUAGCGGCCGUUCUGGCGGCCCUCAUCCUGUGGAUGCACAUCACCUUCAAGAAGUGCAUCGUCAAGUUCAGACAUGCCACUCUGGGCAAGAUGGUCUGCAUUGCGGCGGGAGCUCUGUGCGGGUUCCUGAGCGUCAUCUUCUUCGUGUUAGAAAUCUUCAUAUUUGGGGCUGGUACGCGCUCUGGCCUGUUUGUUAGCCUCAGCUGGUCGUUCUAUUUGCAGAUGAUAUCCUUGGCUGUAUGCAUCGUAGCGGGCGCCGGCGCAGGCAUCGAGUUCGGCUGGUCUCGCAAACUUGGUGGUGACCCAACGGUCUAUACCCGCGACCCUGAAGGCACAGCAGCCACGACCAUCUCGAACCCGCACUUCCGGGAGAACGGCCACGCCAACCACGCCAAAAAAUCUUCCUCCAGAAACAACAGCAGCAGCAGCAGCAGCAGAGGUCGAAGCCACAGAAACGCCAACGGUGUUGCCAUGACGCACAUGAGCGGCCUACCGUACAUGGUGACCGCGAAUGGCAACGGCCAUCUCGGCCACAGAAGCAACGGAGGGGUGGCCUUCGACCCGAAUAAAACGCCGCUGCGCUCAUCGCUCAAGAGAUCGAAGGUGCCUUCGGAGGACUCGACCGAUGCGACGACCAUGGGAAUUCAGAAUCUGGCGUUCACUCAGUCGAGUCCUCCGUCGAAGAAAAAAGUGAGAAUACACACGCACUCGACGCCCGUGUGAGGGAAGUUGCGCAGCGAAUGUCUAGUUGUGCAAUCAUGUUUUGUGUAGUGCAUGCAUACUUCAGUCCGUCUGGUACAUAGGCUGAAUUGGAAACAGACAGUAAAAAUCAUACUUCGAGUAAGUGUAUGGACACGAAUUAAUGAUAUGUCAUUGCUCAUUAUAAUCAAAUGUAUGUCAGUGCAAACAUUGUAAUAUAUCGAGAGGAAAACUCCUUUCUGAAAUCCAAAUGCUGAACAUCCAUCUCCCGGUGAUACGGCAUUUGCAUGCCUGGUGGUAAAUACAGUACAGAGAUAUAGUAUGUUUAUUGUAAAUUACUCCACAUAACCCGUUGACCUAAAGUUUUACCAUAAAAAUAUUUAGGGAAAAAAGAGGAUAUAUAUAUAUAUAUAUAGUAUAUAUAUGAAAGUAUCAUUAUUAACCAUUCAUUUUUAUAAAUAUCCAGACCGCAAGUAAAUUCAGAGGACGGUAAAUUUAAACGCUACUUAAAUAUACUUCUAGGUGUUUGGGAGUCGCCGCGCUUCGAACAGUGAAACCAAGAAAAUUCCAAGAACACUUUUGAGCGAAUUAUCAUUUGCAAAGUGAUAUAUAUGCGCUGAGCCUUGUCAGGAAGAUUUGAAAGAAUGGUGUUAGUCCCAGGAGUAGAUGAGAUUCGAGGAAUGUGGAUAAGUGCCGUAAAAAGAAGAAGAAGAAUAAAAAGACUUCGAUAGCUUUUAUAUCAUAGAAAUGAGACGAGAUGGACUUUGGAAAAGGGGUACUAGGGACAGUGUCAGAAAAAUGUAUAGCCAGAGAAUGGCCGGGACGGAAAUCCCGCAGUGAGGCAAUUGGCACAGGAUUGCCAUUAGACUGGUCAUGGUCAGAGAAGUGUAAGCGACUAAUUACAAGUUGUAUUGAGAACUGCCUGAAACAGAGAAAAAGAUUACGUAGAGUAAAGGUGAUGAAAGCUAGUUUGUCUCUGUGAGUGUCCCAAAGACAUUCGGCUACGUCGUGCCAAUUUAUCGUAAAAAUAUAGGCCUAGUACACGUCUAGAUAGAAGUUUCUGGUUACUUGAAAUAUUCCUUGACAGGAAAAAACCCCCUAAUCACAAACCGGUCAUUUGUAAAGAAGAUCUGAAGGAUCAUUUUCUUCCAAGCUCCUCUACUACAUAUAUGCCUUCCCGGAGUCGUCUCAACCUUUGUCAGCGUCUGUACAGACGUCUGGCUUGUAUAUGAUAACCUAAUUUCUUUACUUAUUCGGUGAGUUGCAUAAUAUAUAUAUAUAUAUAUAUAUCUAUAUAUAUAUA